CAGUUUCUACAUCCAAUCAGGACCAGGAAGUCCACUGCUGCAGGACUUCCUGGUCUCUGUCCAAUCAGAGGGCGGAGACACGCCCACUCUCCAUAAAGUGGAGACUCUCCACAUAUUUAACUUUAUGAACAUCUUGGGAUAAACGUGCCAUAGAGUGUUGAAAGCAUCUGGAAUAUCUGGUUCUAUUUUACCAAUUUAAGGAAAAUUUGUUUCAGUUUUCAGGAAUUUAAAGUAUUUAAACUGAGCAGCAAAUGAAGGAGAAACAGGAAAUUUAUCUGAGAUAGAAUAAGAUAGUUGGAUGUUUUCCUUUCCUUCUCUCCUCAUCCCUUCAUCCCUCAUCCCUUCAUCCAUCAUCCCUCCAUCCCUCCUCAGCUGUAAGUCCAGAUCUUCUCCUUCGGCUGCAGCGGUUCCCUGAAUCUCCUCAGGUUCCUCGGAUUGUUUCCUGAUUUUCUGCAGAAGAAGAAACUCCGGCUCCGUUCCGCUGCUUCGUCUCUAAGUUGUGUGUAAAUUUGAGGCGGAGUUUGGAUCCGGACCAGAACUUCCUCCUCCGUUCUCUAAGUGGUUUUCAGAGAAGCGUGUUUAAAGUUCCUGAAAGCAUCGCCGUUAUCUGCUGCGUUUCGUCGCAUCCUGCAGCGCUGCCUCCUCCUCCUCCUCCUCUUCGUCGCCUCUGACCUCAGACUGAGGAGAGGAAGCUGCGGUUGCUCUGAUCGUCACUCUGAGUGCUGCUGCUCUGCGCUCCAGACCCGACCCAGAGGCUCCGGCGCUGUGCAGCAUGGCCUCUUCGCUCGCCCUCCUCUUCCUCAGCCUGCUGGGCUCCGCGCGCGCUCUUCCUCCUCCUCCUCGGAUCUCCUUCCUGCUCAACUCACCAGAAAGACCUUUGGUUCACUUCAGCCUCACAGACGUCAGCARCACCACCACACUGUUGCUUAGCAACGACAGCUCCACCCUUUACGUUGGMGCUAGAAAUGCCAUCCUCGUAUUGAACGUCAGCCGGAGUGAUGUCAUCAGUCUGCUGAAGAAGGUGACAUGGAGUCCGUCAGAGACCGACRGAAGAGACUGCGUGAAGAAACAGCAGGACCCGGAGGUCGACUGUCAAAACUUUGUCCGUGUUGUUCAGCGAGUGAACUCCAGCCACCUGUACGUCUGCGGCAGCAACGCCUACAACCCUCAGCAAGCCUUCAUCGACACGGAGAAUCUGCUGCUGGUCCAGCAGGACCAAGCUAGAGGGCGCUGUCCGUUCAGCCCUUCUGAACGGAGCGCUGCAGUCAUCAUUGACCAGGAGCUCUUUGCUGCCACAACCACUGACUUCCUGGGGAAAACACCACAAAUUUCUCGAUUCCUCAGCAAAGAUGGCCGCCCAGACAUCAGCCUAGACUACAUCAGUUUACUGCAGGAGCCAAGAUUUGUGAGCGUGUCGUUGGACCCGGCAGGACAGAAACUCUACUUCUUCUUUUCUGAAAUCGAGGAGGAGUUCGGCCUCAUCGACAAGUCUCAGAUUCCCAGAGUGGCUCAAGUCUGCAAGGACGACGUUGGAGGAGAGAGGAUUUUGCAGAAGAAGUGGACAUCCUUUGCCAAGUCUGCCCUGCUCUGCCAGCCUCCCUUCAACAUCCUGGAGGACAUGUUCGCCCUACAGCCACCAGAGGGCGCCGACGCCUCAGAAACACUGUUUUAUGGCGUCUUCACCUCCCAGUGGUCCCUGCGGCCUGAGUCUGCGGUUUGCACCUAUAAGCUGAAGGACAUCCGAAACGUGUUUGCUGGACCCUUUAAGACCCUGGAGAAGGAAACGUACAAACUGCAACGCACAGCGGGACGAAAAUACCUGGGACAGUGCGGCCUCUCAAACUCCUCCGACUCUGAGCUUUCAGAGGUCAGGAUGAACUUUCUGACCAGCAGCAACGUGGAACCAGUUGGGCCGGUUCUUGUUUCUCCUGAGCAGAAAUACAGCCGUGUGGUCGUAAUGAAGGCAACGGCGGCCGACAGCCGACAGCACGACGUCCUGUUUCUCCUCACCGAGUCCGGGUUCCUCCACAAGGCGGUUCCUUCGGAUCAGGGCCUUCGAGUCAUUGAGGAGAUCCAAGUGUUCAGGAAACCUCAGCAGGUCAAGAGCAUGAUCCUGUCUUCCYCCAAGGGACUCGUGUAUGUGGGAACGUCUGAGGGGGUGACGGCGGUACCGGUGGCCCGGUGUCUGACCUACCGGAGCUGCAGGCAGUGCGUCCUGGCCAGGGAUCCUCUGUGUGGCUGGAGCCUGACCCGCAGAACCUGCACGGGUCUGGACGGCGCCGAYGACAUAGUUCAAGACCUGGAUGCCAACAUGAAGGCCGGAGCAGAUCAGCUCUGGAGCGAGUGUCCAGGGCUGAUCCCGCAGCACCGAGACGUUUUGGUCUCGCUGGGCAAAGUUGUGACGCUUCCGUGUGUGAAGCCGUCUAACCUCGCCGYGCUGAACUGGAGCUCCGCCGACGGCGCGGGUCUAUCGAACCAGACCUUCAUCCAGGCGGCGGACGGCAGCCUCCACUUCCUGGCCUCCGCCGCGACCUUCGGGAGAUACCAGUGCCAGGCGAAGGAAGGCAACGUCAGUGAGGUGGUGGAGAGCUACGACGUCCGGCCAGAGGUCAGUCCUCGGCAUCUGUCAAAGGUCAACCAGGAUCCGGCGACCCCGGGCCCGGAGGAGAGGUCUGUUGGGACCGAGGAGCCGAUGUUCUGGUUCCAGUAG